AGUCCAUCUUUCUCAUGAGUACAUACACAACAGGAAGUGGUAACAACAACUAAACAAAUCUGUGAAAACAAAUCUAGAGAAAAAAAAUGUAUAGCACCAGUGGAGUUCUUUUUCUCACUCUGGUUCUGAGUGCAACGCUUGUCAACGGCAUGAAAUUACCAAACACACGUUGCCUUUGCAUUGGUGCCAGAAAGGAUUCCAUUCAUCCCAAUCGAAUUGAGAAAUUGGAGGUGUUUCCUAUGAGUCCGAAGUGUGAUCAUCUUGAAAUAGUUGUUACAUUGAAAGAAACAAAUGAGAAGCUGUGUUUAAAUCCAGAUUCAAAGCAAGUGAAGAGAAUUCUGGGCAGAAUGAUCCAGAAAGGGUCAUCUACAAAGAAAUGAAGGCUUCUUGUGUGCCAGUGAUUUCAGCACCCCCUGAUUUCCCGCAGCUACCGUGCUACAAUAUACAUUUUUGCAAGAUUAAAUAAAUGAUGUUCUUUUUUCUCUGCAAUGACAUGAAGGCUUCUUGGAGUGCAGUGGUGUACCUGUUAUCUUUAUUUUCUUUAAGUUUCUGUGUAAUAAGAAAAAAAUUGUGAACUGUCUUUAAUUCUGGAAAUAUUCCACAUAAAUAUAUAUAUGGAAUACAUAAACUUGUACAUCUAAUAAAUACUGGCAAUAAACUUUUCAUUGAUCAUUUUAA